AUGAGCACACGUAGGCUUGCAGCAGUGGUCCCCCCCCCAUGCCAGGAGAUCCUGCGUGAGGGCGACACGGACCAGGAUGGCGAGCUGGACUUUGAGGAGUUUGCGCGCUACCUGCAGGAGCGAGAGCGCAAGCUGCUGCUCAUGUUCCACAGCCUGGACCGCAACAAUGACGUUUUUGCAUACCUUGUGGAUUUAAGUCUUCCCAAAAUCAGUAAGGUUCUGUGGGUGCUCCUCAAAGGCUCUAAGGAUCAGACUCCUUUGAUCCUCAGCCUGCUGGAGAACAUGGAGGAGGUCGUCCACUACUGGAAGCACUCCAUGGUCCUGGAUAUCGGGGAGUGCCUUACCGUGCCUGACGAAUUCUCCGAGAAGGAGAAGAAGACGGGGAUGUGGUGGAAGCAGCUGCUGGCAGGCGCCAUGGCAGGAGCCGUCUCCAGAACCGGAACCGCCCCCUUGGACCGGCUUAAAGUUUUCAUGCAGGUAAAUAAAAAAAAAUAGGCCCCCGAAUUCUGUGGCUAUUGGGAAGCGGGCCUUCUGCAUCUGGGCAGCCUGGCUGUGCAGUGGCGUGGGGCGGGGACUGCAAACUGGAAAAUGCCUUCUGGGCACAGGCGAUUGAUCUAUUGUUUCUCAUCCCAGAUCAAGCGUGGGAUCCGCGGCCAGCAGGAGACGCUGCGGGUGCAGGAGAGAUUUGUGGCCGGCUCGCUGGCCGGCGCCACCGCUCAGACAAUCAUUUACCCCAUGGAGGUGCUGAAGACCCGGCUGACCCUGCGGAAGACGGGCCAGUAUGCAGGGAUGGCGGACUGCGCAAAGAAGAUCCUACGGAAGGAGGGACUCCGGGCCUUUUACAAGGGUUACCUGCCCAACGUGCUGGGCAUCAUCCCCUACGCCGGCAUCGACCUGGCUAUCUACGAGACGCUGAAGAACAUGUGGCUUCAGAAAUACAGCUCGCACACCGCCGACCCAGGCAUCCUGGUGCUCCUGGCCUGCGGCACAGUGUCCAGCACCUGCGGGCAGAUCGCCAGCUACCCCCUGGCCUUGGUGAGGACCCGGAUGCAAGCCCAAGCCUCCAUAGAGGGUGCCCCCCAGCCCACCAUGCUGGGGCUCUUCAGGCAUAUCCUGUCACGGGAAGGGGUGCUGGGCCUGUACCGGGGCAUCGCCCCCAACUUCAUGAAGGUGAUCCCGGCCGUCAGCAUCAGCUACGUGGUCUACGCGACACUGGAUCCCACCGGGGAAACCCUCCAAUCACGGCCAUCUAGCCCCCGCCUCCAGCCUCGGACGCAGACGUUCUUCCACAUCAAACCUUGGCCGGCCGGCCCCUCUCCCGGCCUGCUGACGCCAGCUCUGAGCCAAGGCCAGGCGCGGGAUUGA